AUGUUAGAACUAGAGCUGAAUAAAGAUAUUGCAGACAACAUCUUUUUCGUUUCAGAUACUGGCAAACGUAAAAAACUAAAAUCACGUAAUAUAACCGUACCUAGUACGGGUUACUCCAAGGACCAUUUGGAUGCUUGGCUAGAAACGUGUCUAAAAGACGCUUCAAAUACACAAUUAUCUUCAUCGUCCGAGUUCUUAGACUAUAAUCCCACAACAGCAACCGUCACUAAUAUAGCAGCUAGCAAAAAUCCUUCCAUGAGUCAACAACAGCAACAGCAACAACAACAUCAGCAACAACAACAACAACAAAAUAUUACACAAAUGCAUACAGGAGCUGCGAAUAUGAAUAAUUUCAAUAUAAAUUCAAUGCAUUCCCAACAACAGUUCGCUAUGCGAAACAGUAGCUCACAACCGUCCAUGGCGUAUCCUUCAGCAUUUACUUCACCUUUUAGUCAUAGCUUCCAACGUAAUGUGCCAAAUUUCAAUAAACAAUCCAAUUCGUUUUAUAAUCGCUAUUCAAUGAUGUUUCCGAAUAGCAGUGGUUUUUAUCCCAUCAAUGAUGGUGCACAGGACUUCGCCAGUUUACCGCCAAUUGUAAAUAUGCUUGGUAAUUCAUCGGAACAUGAAAAUAAUUCCACAGAUGUUUUGGAUGGCAGUGGCAGUAAUCCAAAUAUAAGUCGAGGUUUCAGGUUCAGUGAUCCCUGCUUGUUGAAUCCUUCAGAUAAUGAUUCCAAAGUUAGUGGCCAAAAUACGCCAAAUCGUCGAAAUCACAACACAACCGAAAUUGAAAAUAAUAAAUUCUUUGCUGCUUUAAUGGAACAAAUUAAUUUGCUUCACGAAACGAAUUCCAAAAUAUGCCGAAAUCUACAUGAGACAAAAGUUGAUAUUGAAGCUUUAAAGCACGCUCCCAAUUGGGGUUUAAGACACCGUAGAGAUAGUUUGAGUGGAUUAAGCACCCACAGUCAACCAAUGAUAUUUGGCGGUGGAUUUGGUACACAAAGUCCAGCGCCAACUUAUCACUCAGGUGCUUAUACACCCGGCAUGAUGACUGAUGUUGUGCGUGAGGUUAAGGAGGCUGCACGUGUGCGUGAAGAUGCGUUAUUAAAUAGAGUAAAAGCUUUAGUCGAAGAACGUCAGUGGUCAUUGAACGAGUCUAAUUUACGUGUUAUGCGUGACAUUGAAGAUUUGAAGUCACAAGUCCAACAUUUACGUGCGGAGCGUAAAGAAUCUAAUAAACGUAUAAAUCAUCUUGAAACUGAAAAUAAAUAUAUGCGUCAAAUGCUUGGUACAAUAUUUAAUAAUCGCAAUGCGCCUGAUAUCAUAUAUGAAAAUGAAACUUUACGUAUGCGUAAAUCAUAUGCACAAGCGCAUAAUCGUCGCACACAACCAUUACAUUUAAAUUAUGGCACUAUACAUCAUCAGCCAGCAUCAUCACUAUCCGUUGAAGAACAAGAUGAACCAUUGCAUAUACAUGAAACUCCAUCAACCACUUCCACAACAGAUAUUGCUUCUGUUAACACACAACGUCCACAAGAUAUGCGCAAUUCAUUUUCAAGCACUGAUAGUGGCGGUGGUGGUGGUGUUGGUAGUGCUGGAACAAGUCUACAUAACGGUAGUGUUGGUACCAACAAAGGACAAGCUUUAUCGCCACCAAAUUUCGCUUUAGUUACUACACCAGUUGAAGAUACAAAACGAAAAAAAGAUAAAUCAAAAUCAACCAAAUCGAAUAAUAAAGAGACGUCAUCUGCACAAAUGCAUAGUAAUUCCACCACAUCAGCGGCUGCAACUCAAGAAUUACAAAGAGAAUUAAAUGUGGCCGUAGCUGCACGCAAAGAAGCCGAUGAUCGCAUUAUUGCACUUGAAAAAUUGGUUAAAAAUAUGCGUGUUAAUUCCAUUCACAACAUAGAUGGUUCCUCGAAUAUAGCAAAUGGUGAUGGUAGCAAAAUGGGUGUUGGUCUUAACACUUCAAAUGCUGGAAGUACAGUGUCACAGACAAUGAAGUGGCAACAUACGUCACCACUUAACACAAACGCAUUUACGCAAAUUAAUACCAAACAUUCUUCACAAGCAUUCGCCAAUCCAACGCAGUCUCCAACUAAAGUGGCUGUUGCGGGACCCAUAACCGAUUUAUAGUGCUAGCACAGAAUCUCAAAGCGCAGCUUACGCAUAACUCAUUUUUAAUUAAAUACGAACAAAAAUUAAUUUUAUUUAAAAAUUUAUUUAAAAAUUACUCGAAAUUUGUUAAGCCAUUCUGCAGUACUAAACUAAAAUUUAUUGUUAUUAUUAAUAUUAGUUAUACAUUGAUGUUUGUGUGUAUUUUGUUAAUAUUUAUAAACUUUUAACUUUAUUAGAUAUUAAUUUCUAUUAUAAUUUUUCCAUUUUAAUCAUGAUAAUGCUGAAUUCACACAAGAUUUCAGUUUGUAAUUUUAGCUGUCAAUU